UGUUUCUUUCUGUGAAAAGAUGUUUUAUACCACACAGGAAUUAAGGUAAAAUGUGUUAUGUGUGCUCUGCAUUUUAACAAAGCUGCAGGGAUUUUGGCACUCAUUAACUAAAGCCUGACAUUGUGUGAGUUUACAAUGCUUAGUUGAUGUCAUGUGAUGCCCCAGUGCCCCAGCGCACUAUUUCCUCUCACAGGUUAGUGUCCUCUCGGUUUUUCAGCUCAGAGAAAUUACCUCUGGGGCUCAUGACAGACUCCAACAAAAAGGGAGAAGAACAGGCUACAGCACAGAAAAGUUGUGUGGAAGAGGUUUUAGCAUGGGAAACUCUGGCUCCAGCCCAGUGCCUUUGGACCUCAGAGGCUAGUGGAUCAGUGCAGCUGAGAAUAGAUGACCUCUGUCCACAGGAGCCAAUCACUGUGCAUCAGAUGUUUAUGAACUCAGUUCAGAAAUAUGCCAAUUUGUUUGCCUUGGCAACUAAAAGAAAUGGCAAAUGGGAAAAGAUUACAUUCUCUGACUAUUACCAGUGCUGUCGGAUGGCUGCUAAGAGCUUUCUGAAGUUAGGGCUGGAACGUUUCCACAGUGUGGCCAUUUUGGGAUUCAAUUCAGCAGAGUGGUUCUUUUCUGCCGUAGGAGCUGUUUUUGCAGGGGGUAUAAUGACAGGGAUCUAUGCCACAAAUUCUCCAGAAGCUUGUCAUUAUGUGGCAAGUAACUCAAGAGCAAAUAUUAUUGUAGUGGAAAAUCAAACUCAGCUGGAUAAAAUUUCGCAGAUAAAAGAUAAACUGCCACAUUUGAAAGCCAUUGUGCAAUAUUCUGGACCCUUGCUGGAGAAACUGUCCAAUCUGUAUUCAUGGGAGGAGUUCAUGAGUCUGGGCCUGGAGAAAACCCUUGAUGACAUCAUCAGUAGUCAGAAAGCCAAUCAAUGUUGUGUGCUUAUCUACACAUCAGGAACCACAGGCAUGCCGAAGGGAGUGAUGCUCAGCCAUGACAAUAUCACAUGGAUGUCUCACCAUGCGAGCAGGGCUGGAGACAUGCAGCCUGCUGAGAUAAAACAAGAAUCCAUAGUGAGCUACCUCCCCCUCAGCCAUAUUGCUGCUCAGAUCUAUGACCUGUGGACAGGGAUUCAGUGGGGCGAGAUGGUCUAUUUUGCACAGCCUGAUGCUUUGAAGGGCAGCUUGAUCGAGACUUUGAAAGAGAUCAACCCUUCAUCCCAUAUGGGAGUCCCUCGUGUUUGGGAAAAAAUAAUGGAGAAAAUAAAGGCAACAGUCACACACUGUGCAUAUAUAAAAAAGAAACUGCUGACCUGGGCCAUGUCUGUUGGUAUGGAGGCUAAUCAAAGGGUUGAGGAGAAGUCAGUUCUCUUCACCUUAGCAGAUGUGCUGGUCCUGGAAAAACUUCGUGCCAAUCUGGGUUUCUCUUGUUGUGAGAAGUUCUUCUCUGGUGCAGCUCCUCUCGGAAGUGAUACUGUCAAGUUCUUCCUCGGCCUCAACAUUAGGUUAUAUGAGGCUUAUGGCAUGAGUGAAAGUAGUGGACCUCAUUUUAUGUCUGGUCCAAAUGUUUACAAGCAGUCAAGUUGUGGCAAGGUGGUUCCUGGCUGCAGAUAUAAAUUAGUGAACAUAGAUUCUGAUGGUAUUGGGGAGGUGUGCUUUUGGGGUCGGAAUGUCUUUAUGGGGUACCUCAACAUGGAGGACAAAACCAAGGAAACCUUGAAUGAGGAUGGCUGGCUGCAUUCUGGAGACUUGGGCAAAACAGAUGAAGAAGAUUUCCUUUACAUUGCUGGAAGGAUAAAAGAGUUGAUAAUAACUGCUGGUGGAGAGAAUGUCCCUCCACUUCCUAUAGAGGAUGCUGUGAAAAAGGAGCUGCCUAUAAUCAGUAAUGCCAUGCUAAUUGGGGACAAGAGGAAGUUUCUCUCAAUGUUGCUCACACUUAAGUGUGUCACCAGUGCUGAAACCAUGGAGCCCACCGAUGACCUUAGCUAUGACACUGUGGAAUACUUUCAGCAACGUGGCAUCCAGGCAACAAAGGUUUCAGAUGUAAUUGGACGGAAAGAUGAAGUAGUGAACCAGGUCAUUCAGGAGGGCAUUGACCGGGUCAAUGCGAAGGCCAGCUCCAAUGCCCAGCGUAUUCAGAAAUGGACAAUUAUAGGGAAAGACUUCUCAGUCUGUGGAGGAGAGCUAGGCGAGUACCACCUUCAAACUUGGAUUAAUUGGUUCAUUGAAUUCAGCAGCACUUAUAACUAAUAAUUUGUCAUUUUUAGGCCCAACAAUGAAACUGCGACGACCGUUUGUCCUGAAGAUGUACCACAACGAAAUAGAAAAUUUCUACAGAGAAUGAAAAAAUAACUACAGCGAACCAGACUAGAAUAGGGGAGUCAGUAGGAUUCACCUCACUGAUCACACCCAAUUCAGUUAGUUCAUCAGCUACUUACCAAGGACUUUCUAAGCUGAAUUUGGUCUGUUACAAAGGGGAGAACACAAAUGUCUGCACAUAUCUACAUCACACCUGUGACCGGAGUCUGACACACAGAAUCUAGAAGGUGUAUUUAAAAUCAUUCCAGUCAAACAGUCUUCCUUAAUGAAACCUUAUCUUUUAGAGUCAGUUGAUAUUUGUUAGAGAUAAUUAAAUUAUUUGGAAGAAUAAUGCUCUAAUCCAGACGUUCUCAAGCUUUUGUAACUAAAGCCCCCAUUAUCAUGUGGCAUGCCCUCCCCCCAUUUGGAGGAGACCAGAUAUAAUGAUGAUCUAUUCUAUUCUUAUAAACACA